AUGCCUACCAUAGAGCCGGGCGAUGUCCCGCCAACCUACAGGAUCGACCUCUCCCGCCCCCCAGCAGAGCGAUACGUUGAAGUUGCCAAGAAGUAUCGCAACGAGCUCAGAUCUCUCACCGCUCUCUUCGAUAGCCUGGUUGAGAGCGUCGCACCCAAUCUCUCGCUGCAAUGGGUCAAACGCCUCGCGCGCUUAUUCUUGCGCCGGGUAAAUUCCGACGAGGAAACGGAGGAGAUCCGCGGUAUCAGCCAGGCAACCGGGAUCGAGAUGUAUCUGAUCGUCUCGCUGAAUGUGCUCCUCGAUGUGCUGAUGGGCUGCACGAGCGGCGCGGCCCGGGCACAGGACCAAGAAACGUCGCCCCGCAUGCUCCAUUUCCGGACCCUGGAUUGGGGGAUGGAUGCGUUGCGGCGCGUGCUUGUGCAGUUUGAGUAUGUCCGCGGGCCGGACUAUGAGGCCGUGCUGGCGACGAAUAUCACCUACAUUGGGUUUGUGGGUGUGCUGACCGGUGUCCGGAAGGGGCUGAGCGUGUCGUUGAAUUUUCGACCGAACCAUGAUUUGGGUGGGUGGUUGGGUGAUUUGCGGUUCUAUGGGAGUCAUCUUCUUGUUAUUCUGGGCUUGAGGAGAUCGAUUUCGUCGAUGCUGAGGCAGUAUAUCAUUGUGGCGGAGGACCCACGGGGGACUUGGUUUGGUCGCAUGCUGGGCGUAUUGGUCAGGAGACGUCGGAGGGUUGAGAGACCGACGCUGCGCAGUAUCUGUCAGAACGUAAUGCGCACGCCAUCUACAGCGGCGUAUCUGGUUCUAUGUGACGGCGCUGAAGCCGCUGUGAUCGAAAAGGAUCAUCGGACUGCAAGGAUGGACUCCAGUUCGUCGUUCAUCGUUGCGACGAAUAACGAUUUCCUGGGCUCAGAGCUUCCGUCGAAGGACAGGGACACCGAUAUAACUUUUGGCGCAGCGCUGACCAGUGGAGAGCCCAUCUCGAUGACCGACUUCAUCCAAGAUAGUAAAGAGCGAAGAGCAUGUAUGCAAGCACACUGGGACAAAAAGGUCGCUCAAGCUGGAAGGUCGGCCCACAAUGUGAAACCACGUCAUGAUCCUUUGCGUCGCACACGCUCCUCUAGAAGUCGAAUGGCAGAUCCCCCGGCCGGUUCGGCAUCUGCCGCUGUGGGCAAAGAGAGUGCAGAAACUUCUGAGAACCAUGAGGUCGCUGCAACACCUGCAGAAAUAAUCCAGUGGACGGCGGCAUAUCCCACAACCAACGACAUGACGCAUUUCUCGGCGGUCAUGGAUCCAACAAGUGGAAGGGUCAUCUGGAUUCGGAGGUUCCGUGAUCCUCUCGAUUUCGAGAUAUGGUAA